CGACACACUAUAUACUCACUUGACAAAAUCAGGGGUCCUCCACUAAAAUUUAAACUUUGAAUUAAAGAAGAAGAAGAAGGAAACUAAAUAUAGGUUAUGUUUAUCUUUAACUAAAAAUUAUGAUUAUGGAUAAUUCGGAUAUGGAAAGUAUUAUCCAUUCCAUUGAACAAGGAGAGGGUUUAGAUUUGGAUACGGAAGAUUUUAAAGAAAUAUGUUUAAAGCUCAUUGCAGAUGUUGAUUCCAAUAAAAUCAACCUUUUUAUGUUGACCGAAAACUUGGAAUAUCUGCUGACAAAUCCCAUGCCUUGCAAACGCAAGUUGGGAAUUGCAAUCAUAACUCAUGUUCUCGAGAAUAUAAAAAGUGAUUCUUUGAAUACUCAACAACUCGGGUUGAUUUGCAAGUUUUAUGCAGAUCGUCUUAAAGACCUGCACGAUGUCAUACCAGUUACAUUACGAGGAAUACUGGCAUUAACCAGAUUUAAUAAUUUUCCUGAUGGGUCUGCCACAGCUAUUUUAUCUGCAAUAUUUAAUAAUAUUGCAUGCCAACAGCAGCAACAGCUAGAUAGAAUGCUUAUAUUUAGUGUUUUUAAAGCUCUACUAGAAAAACAUGCAAAUGAAUUAAAGUGUAUGGGAAUGGAUUUCGUGUAUGGAGUUUUAAAUGCCAUUGAUUCAGAGAGAGAUCCUAAAAACUUAUUAUUUUUGUUCGAAUGGCUUCCAUCAUUUUUAAAAACGGUUUCUCUAGGACAUUUAAGUGAGGACAUGUUUGAAGCUUUAGCCUGUUAUUUCCCUGUCGAUUUUAGAGCCCCACCCCAGGAUCCAAACAAGGUAACAAGGGAAGAUUUGUCCAAAAAAUUAUGUGUAUGCCUCUGUGCAGUACCAGAAUUUGCCGAACAUUGCAUUCCAUUGGCUAUAGAAAAAUUAGAAUCGUCCUUACUGAUAGCAAAACUGGAUUCUUUGGAGCUACUGAAAGAGGGUUGCCAAAACUUUGAAAUCGACGCGUACCUGCAACAUUCCUCGGAAAUUUGGUCCUUGAUACAAAAAGAGUUGCUCUCUUGUAAAGACCUAGAGUUGGAAAAAAGUUGCAUUGAAACUUUGAACGCGUUUAUUCAAAAGUUAUCCAAAGGCGAUUCGGCGACUUUCACCAACAUUCUAAGGGAUAUUUUUGACACGAUGGCGGGCAAUUUGCUACCCGGCGCUAAAUAUUUCGAAGUGUCUUGUAAGUUGUUGAUUCACGUCGCGAUAGCUUCCAAGGAAUCUGCGGUUUUCAUGGUAAAAAACGUCGUUCCGAUACUUACAAAUUCCUACAACAUCGCAACUAUUCCCGCGCAGAAAGCCUCACUGUUAGGCCCUCUGGUGGGGUUUAUGCAAGCAUACGGACACUAUAACACCAUGUCGCAUUUAAAGGAAACUCACGAGAUCGUCGUGGUCUGCGUUAAAUCCUCCAUCGAGGAAGAUUUAACACUGAAAAGGGCAGGUUUUGAAAGCCUCACCAGAAUCGCCAAAUAUUUACCCCCGGAUUCCAGACGGACUACGUACGAAAAUCUCGCGAUUUUGCUGCUAAAACCCGACUUCAAAUCUCGCGACUGCGUUUUGCAGUGCUUCAAAACUCUGUGCGAAAUAUACCCCGAGGAAACCACCAGUCAAAUACUGGACAAGUUGGCGGUCACAAAUGACGUCACGUUAGAUUUGUACCUGGAUAGUUGGUGUAAAAUCGUCGAUAUCGAAUAUUUCACCAAAGUUACCGUUGAGAAACUGACACUGUACGCUUUUAAAAACAACGCUUUAAAUAUCGUACCGCUAACCUACGUGAAAACGCUUUUGGAGGAACACGAACACAGCCCAGAGGUCAUCAAACUCAUACAUAACAACAUUUUCGAUUCCCUCAUCGAAAUAACGUUAACUCCCAACGAAACCAUCGACGAAAACGCCGAAUUAUUGUGCGUCAUCAACAAAAUUCUGCGAAUUUUGAUCGGGAAUCUGUCGAGUAACACGCAAAUUACUGUCGUGGGUAAUUUGCUGGGCAGUAUACGAAGCGUCAAAAACAAGUCGGAAAAUGUAUAUAUUUUAUUGCUGGACGGCAUUUUGACCAGAUUGAAACGGGAUGGACAUUUACACUACGAAAAAACCAUUAUUUCAGAUUUAAUUGAAGUGUAUUUUAAAAAUCCUUCAGGUUUUAUCCAGCAAUAUUCCUCCAACUUAUUGGCCAACAUCAUUAAUAAAUCGCCAGAUGAUGAAAUUAUCGGGAGUUAUCUUGAGCAAAUUAAAAGUAAAUGUAGAGAGUGUAUUAAAGCAAAUGAUUUUGAUGCAGUAACUAAUAUAGCAUUUUCAAUUACAAAAUCCCUAGUCAUGAAAAAUUCCCAUUUUCUUGCAGAAUGGGAAGACCUGUUAAUACAGCUUUUAGAAAGAAGUCCAAACGCUGCCAAAGGUUUUAGAAUAGUACUUGACGAUAAUUGUGAAUCUCUCAAUAAGAAUAGCUACUGUAAUAUAUCUUUAUUUUACAAACAAAAGUUUUUUGUAUCAAUAAGCAAUAAGUUGAACGCAAAUUAUACCAACGAAAAAAUAUCGUUUUUGUGCGCAAUAGGUUACUUAAUAGAGUUUGUACCAAGACAAGUAAUUCUUAUGCAAUUUGAGAAGAUUAAAAAAAUAAUUAUUUUGUGCUUAGAACAUUGCCAAGAAAGUGACGUACUUUGCAUAUUAAUAAACACCAUUAAAUUAUUUAUCAUAAAUAAGGAAACAGUCAUGGAAAAUAAUAUGGAAGACUUCCUGGAAAGGAUUUUAAAUUUGAGCACUUUUGAAGCAUCUAUGAACGUAAGAUUGGCAGCAAUUCGAUGUUUACAAGAAUAUGUGGGCAGAUACCCUGUUUUUAAGUUACUGCAAUUUAAAAACCCUGUUAUUAAAAAGUUGGGAUCUUGCAUUGACGAUAAAAAAAGGUUCGUCAGAAGGGAAGCUGCCAAGGUCAGAUCAAUGUGGUUUCUACUUGACUCUCCAGAGUAAAAAUAAAACAUUUGUACACGUGAUUGUAAAGGGAGUCAAUAAAAAAAUGUUUAUAUAA